UCCUAGAGGACAGAGCGAUGCGGAGACAAUAGGACGCAGAGCCGGAGGAGUCUGCAGGAUGCUCGGCAACACAUCCACCGUCACACGGCUGCACCGAGGCUUCCCACUGGACCCCGAGACCAGGCGUUUCUCCCGGCUCACCUGGCCUUAGUAUGCGCUCAGAUCAUCCCGUGUGUUUACCAGCAGCCUGGACUGACAGGGCGGUCUCCACAGCCUCCAUAUGGGCACCAAUUGAAGGUGACAUCAGCUGUUAGCUGUCCCACUUGAACGUCCGUUCCCAAGAUUUUUCUCCCGGUCCAUCCCCUAAAACAGUCCCCAACAUGAGUUCCUCUCCGCUGGUAUCUAGAGCAAACAUGGACAUCCUGGACGAGCUGCAGCUGAUCGCAGCCCAGAACCUGGAGAGGCUGGAGGUCAACAAGUACUACGAGGUGAUCAGGGAACUAGGCAAGGGCACCUACGGCAAGGUGGACCUGGUCAUCCACAAGAUCAGAGGUACAAAAAUGGCACUGAAGUUCCUGAAGAAGAAGACAACCAAACUGAAGUCGUUCCUGCGGGAGUACAGCAUCUCGCUCUACCUGUCUCCCUGCCCUUUCAUCAUCAACAUGUUCGGCAUCGCCUUCGAGACAGACGACUACUAUGUGUUCGCACAGGAGUACGCUCUGGCAGGGGACCUCUUCGAUAUCAUUCCUCCACAGGUUGGUCUCCCUGAGGCGGUGGCAAAGCGCUGUGUGCACCAAGUAGCCAUUGCUCUAGACUACCUGCACUGUAAGAAGCUGGUCCACAGGGACAUCAAGCCUGAAAACAUCCUUAUUUUUGACCGAGAGUGCCGUAAGGUCAAGCUGUCAGAUUUCGGAAUGACUCGCAGAGCUGGCUCACCUGUGAAAAGAGUGAGUGGCACCAUCCCCUACACAGCCCCGGAGCUCUGCGACGUGUCCCGCCACGAGGGUUUCUGCGUCGACUACAGCACCGACGUUUGGGCCUUCGGCGUGCUGCUCUUCUGCAUGCUGACCGGUAACUUCCCCUGGGAGAAGGCGCUGCCCUCCGACUCCUUCUACCAGGAGUUCAUCCGCUGGCAGAGGAGGAGGACGACCACGGUGCCGUCCCAGUGGAGGCGCUUCACCGAGCAGGCCCUCCGCAUGUUCCGCCGGCUGCUCUCUGUGGAACAGGACCGCCGCUGCUCCGUCAAAGAGGUCUUCGGGUACUUCAGCCACUCCUGGAUGCUGGACGCAGAGAACAACAACAACAAUGGCAACGGCAAUAACGGAGGUGGUGGGGAGAGGGUUGGCGGCGGAGGUGGAGGUGGAGGAGGAGGAGGAGGAGGGGGGCGGGGAGAGGUGGAUGGCACUAUCUCAUCAUCUUCAUCCGGAGAGGAGGACGAGGAGCUCCUAGUGGAGAGAAUGAAGCAGCAGACUUUAUCUCCUCUCUCCCCACUGUCUCCUCUCUCUCCCAUGUCUCCGGUGGCGGUGGAUCGGGGGAGCGGCAGCGGGGCUAAAGGCGGGAUGAUGGAACCAGGUGGCGGCCACCACUUCGUGUCCGUCUCCACCAACAGCUCCGUGUCGUCCACCAACAGUUACGAUCGAAUGCCGCGAGAAAACAGUUCACCAGGCGGCCGCAUGCUGGUGGCGACGCCCAUUGAAAUCUGCGUCUGAGAGCGUUAGAACGUUGAUGUUGUCACAGACUCACUGCUACACACUUUUAUACCUCUCAUCCAACCACAUAGAUGUGCAUGCAUGGAAAAAGAAACAAACAGACAAUGAGUACUAACACGUAUCCUGUUCUAAACAUCUGGGGAAAGGAAGAGCACACAUGGAAGAGAGUAUUUGUAGAGUGCAUACAUUCCUCAUGAGGUAGGGUUUUUGGUCGAAUUGGAGUCUCCAUGAGAAGCCCCAUUCACACUUUGAUUUCAAUGAUCAGUUUUGUGAAACCCAGAGGAAAAAUGAAAAAUUGCUUCCACUAGAGAUUCUGUCACUAAAACCAUCCGAAAAUAAGACCAAAAUGUAUUUCUUAAAGCAAUACUUCCAGCAAAAAAAGCAAAUAGAGACACAAAAGUGGCAGAGUGCUGUGUGAUCUCUUCAGAACGUGACCGGGGGUCAUUUUUGACGAAAUGAAGCCAAGGGACAAGGGAUUUGUAUUUUUGAAGACAGUUCAAGGACAUACCUUGCGAGACAAAAACGAGCAAGCGGUGGUUUUAAAUGUUUCAUGUGUAACAAAAAAAAUGUGAAAGUGUGAGUGUGUUUGUUGUGUGUACUACUGUGUGUUUCGUGUGUUUGAAUCCAAAAGAAGUGGAUUUAUUUUGCUUUGAGAAUUUUAUUAUUUAUUUGAAUCUAAAAAGACUACACACUCUAUUUUUUCUAUUGUUUUUUUGUAAAGCAGCUUUCUUUGUUAUUUGUUCAACUUCACAUUGUAUUUUGGUGUUCUGGCAUUGCUUUGCCAAAUCCACUUUGAUUUGUUUGGCUGCUGUACAUAUUGGUAUGAUAGAACUGUUCAUCACGUAUGAGGUUUGAGCAACGGUUUUCAGACGGAAUAUUUUACUGCGUAAACCAGUAUGUCCAUGAGCGUCUGAGUGAAGGCUUAUAAUGUCUCUGUUCUUCAUGUCAAACAUAUCUACUUCACGUUCAAAGACUAUUUUCUACUCACUCUCUAAAUUCAUUUUGUAUAGCUUUGGUUUUCUUUGAAACGUUUUCCCAAAAUUCAGUUUGUAUUGCUCAUGUUUUCUUCGAAACUUUUAGCAGAAAUGUUUUGUCUGAAAAGAAAAGAGAAAUGAUCACUUAGCAUUUUCAAUUCAACCUGAAGAAAAAAAGAAUCACAGAAGAUGUUAAAGAGUCACCUUUUAUAAAUUGCAUGACAAGUAGCUCAAACUUACCUUUACGAAGAAUUUAAACCGGCUUUCCAAAAAAAUACGAUAAAAAAGUAACGUAAAAAUGUCGUGAUGUGGAACUUUUGCCGUAGCACAAUUUCUUGCAUUAUGUCCCUGAGUGAAUAUUGCCGUCAUGAUCUCUUGAGACAUACUAGGGCUAAAAAAAUCGGAACAAUAAUUAGUUUCUAUUCAGUGUGUUGUAUUUGUAUUGCUAUUAAUGCCAUGUGCUCAUCUCACCACCUUCAGGAACAGAAAAAAAGCAAAGCAUGAGGACAUAGAGCGAGAGGCUUGAAUUUAAACCACCGGUAGGGAUUUAAAUGAUGUAAUUUUUGCUUCUGAAUCGCCACCUUUAGUGAAAUAGUGUGGCGUAGAUAUUUUUUUUUAAUACCAAGUUAAAUUUAACUGAAAAAAAGUAAUCCAUCCCUUUCUUUGACUCAAUAUUACCUAAAUAAUUUGAAGAAAAAAACAUUGGAUCACGCAUAGGAAUGGGCGUUUCGUGUGUUGCUUUCAGACAUAAAUCUGCAUGAACUUGUAUGUGCUAAAGCUCUGUUGUGAAAACCUGCUCAGUGUUUCUCCUGUCACAAGCUGUAGUAGAUGUAGUAUAGCUGCAAACAACAUGUUUCUUUAUCUUGUGAGAGUCAGUAGCCUCAGCUAGGAUCUGCCUGACUGAGGAUCAGCUAAACUCAGUACAGCCCUUACAGAAACCAUUCGGAUCAUGUUCAUCAAAGCUGCUCCAGGAUCAGCCAGUGAGUAUGCAAAUUACUACAUCUUGUGACAAUCUCUGACCUCAUUGGCAGCCUUCUGACUCGGAACAAAGGAUAGUCCUGAUACAGACACUGUAGCCGUGUUAUUUUCUCUCCGUCAGCCAGCUGCAAGCAGCACUGGCUCUGCUGCGUUUACUGUGUAAGCUCCAGUACAUCACAUUCAACCGGGGAGGCGUCUCACAUGACUGUAUGAAGGCGAGAUGACACAGGCCUGUACAUUACCUCAUCAUGUCAUUCUUUUUCUACUGUUUCCCCCCAUCAACCACUGUUUUACAUCUCCUUCACUCUUCCCAGAUCUAUUUAAAGUCUAUCAAAAAUCCAUCUUAGGGUUGCAGCAAUAUAUCGGUAUCGCGGUACACCAUGGUAUAAAUUUCAAUAAUUAUGUUAUAAUGUAUACUGUGAUACCGUGAGACCAAGAUAUCCCUUCAUACCGCUGCAACCUCGGUCCAUCCUCACAAACUAUUUAGUUUCUUCUGUAAGUCGGGCAGUGGCUGAGCCAAGGGGUGAUCAGUAAUGGCCUCAAGGGCUUUCACUUAAAAAAUAAAAUAAAAGAAGAGAUAAUUACAUGCCAUUUUCUGGCUCUUCCACUGUAAUCUUGGACCCUAGGAACAUAUGACCCUGGGAAACAUAGGACGUUAAGAACAUAGGACACUGGGGACAUAGGUCUCUGGGGACAUAGGACCUUGGGAGCAGAGGACCCUUUAAAUCCGGUCAAAUCAUUACAGAUUGAAUAUAUCCUUUUUUUUAUCAUGUUCAAAUGGUAGUUCAAAUUUCAAAGUUCUGGUGGCCAGAAUAGAAACCCCAUUGGUCAUCACUUUUCUGUUCUUCAAAUUACUAAAUUAGCUUGACAUUUUUUUUAUAUUGUGCAACACUUACAUUAAAGGUUCCCUGUGGAGUCCUAAUGAAAACAUAUCUUGGUAUGUGGGUACAUUGCUACAUUUCUUGAUGAGUUACUGCCACUAAUUGUAAGAGGGAUAGACUAAAACUGAUGACAGGAUGUGAGCAGUGCUACUCACGUGUGUGAGUACACACACACAUAUACAAAUGGGAACCCACUUGUGAAAGAAGCUACUUCUGGCCAAGAACACCGCCGGGUAUCUUUAACUUUUCAAAGUUGCAAAGGUACAGGAUUUUUUGCACAUGUACCGUAUUUGAGUUUAUUCUGAAAUUUUUACUUGCUUUUAAACCUUACGUUUAAUACUUUUUUUCAUGGUUUUAUUAUUAUUUCAGACCACAAGAUGAACCUCUCCCAAUGUCCACUAAAGUUAAAUAUUAUUUUUAAUGGUGUAUUGUAAGCUUGGUGCUCAUUUGGCGGUAACUGUUGCCAGACUAAGUGAAAAAAAAAUCCAAAAUAGUGACUAUUGACUGAAAACUGAAAAAGAAACAGAUUACUGUGCCAAAGUUAACAAUGGUUACAACCACCUGUACGAAAACUGUUUGGCUCCGCCACUAAAAUCUGCGUGAGAUAAUUUAGCUUGUUGCUUCAAAAAUUUCUACGAUACAAUGGGCAUGAUGUUACAUCUGAAAAACAAUUAACAGCAAGAAAUUUAGACAAAAAAUGAAAGAAAACAGUAGAUUUUUAGUAUAAUCUUGGCAUAAUUUCAUCCAAGUGGAUUUUUGCUUGAUAAAACAACGACAACACCAAAAAACAGAAUGUAGAAACUGAUAUUUUGGUAUUGUGGUGAAAUAUAGCUUGCGUCCAAUAUCCGCUGCAGCUGAGGACACCCGACCUGGGAGGAAGGAUGAGUCACACCACCAGACUAGACUUUAAGUGAAACUCGCUUUAGCCACAAGUCACUUUCCCCUUUCUUCCUCGCUACACCUGAAUCAGUCGCUGCUGCCUCCUCACUUCAUCCAUAACGUAAUGUGUUGUAACGGAGUUCCAGUGUCUUUCUGUACAGUGACAUAUUUUAAAGCAUCAUGAUUUUGAUGGAGUUUUAGUGAGUAGAUGACCACAGCACUAGAGCUCGUAUCCGGUUCUGUCUUUGCAAUACAACUGUCUUCCUGUAAACUGAGAUUUAGUCAAUAAAAUGAGAAUUCUUGUUGGA